AUGGACACUUCACUGUUUACUCGGCCAUUCACUUACCUUCCUACGCGACCAAAGCAACCAAAUCCCCGGGUUGACUCUCCUCUGGAGGAGCACUUUAUAAACAUUACUCUGGACGACACCUACGAUGCCUUGGGUGCACGUCAUCAUCGGGGGAGUAAAUCCGGUCCCUCGGAAGAAUGGAGAAAACAUUGCUCUUCCAAUCGAGAGGAUACUGACACUUUUCUCACGACUAUGCUACGUGACAAGUACCCGGAUCAUUCGCUUGUCGUAACGGAAGACUGGCAGGUCGAUGUCUUGAAUUUGGAAGGGGUCGCUUGGAAACCCCUUGAUGGAGUAGAGCUACAAACUCAUGUCACAUUCAUCGCCCCUACUCGGCGGAACCAGACAGGGCAAGUCGCACGCUCAAUUCGAUUUGGUGGGUUCGAUGUAUGGUGGAAGGAAGAGAGGUUUACCGUAUUCGUUGCAAGUUGGCCCUCAGGAUUCGGACUUACCACCCAACAUUUUAUUCUCAAGGAGGGCAAAGAUGAGACGGCCUCCUUGGGUUUACUAAUGGCUGCUGGCUAUCAGUCCGGGCAGAUCGGAAACUCAGUUCUGGUAUUCAAUAACGGCUUUUGGCAAAAUGAUUACGAUCUUUGGGAAGAAGUGCAGAAGGCAGACUGGAAGGAUGUGAUCCUGUCACCCGACUUUAAGCAACAGAUUCAGAGCGACGUUAAAAACUUCUUUGCUAGCGAGGCAGUAUACCAUGACCUUGGUGUGCCUUGGAAGCGCGGGACAAUAUUUUUAGGUCCACCUGGCAACGGAAAAACCAUCUCGAUUAAGGCCUUGAUGAAAUCGUCCCAGAAACCAGCUUUAUAUGUUAAAUCUUUCAGGAGUUGGAUGGGAGAGGAGGGUUCCAUGCGUGAGGUGUUCAAUCGCGCCAGGCGUGAGGCCCCUUGUCUGCUUAUUCUUGAAGACCUUGACGCGCUGAUAAAUGAUGAAAACCGUUCAUUCUUCCUUAACGAAAUUGAUGGUCUCGAGAAUAACGAUGGUCUCUAUAUCCUUGGGACCACCAAUCACUUUGAGCGUCUCGAUCCUGGACUUUCGGACCGUCCCUCCCGUUUCGAUCGUAAAUAUACAUUCGCUCUCCCUAACCGGGAUGAACGAGUCCAAUAUGCGCAAUACUGGCAACGUAAGCUCAAGGAUAACAAAGACGUCAGCUUCCCAGACUCCUUGGUCGAAAAGGUUGCCGACCUUACUUCUGGAUUCUCUUUCGCUUACCUCAAGGAGGCUUUCGUGUCCACUCUGGUAUCCAUGGUGGGGGCACAUGAUGUUCAGUUUGAGAAAGUCCUUGUGAAGCAGAUUCUGGAACUCAAGAAACAGAUCGGGAAUAGCGAUGUUAUGCCUAUCCUUGGCACUACGUACUCGUUUUGA